GCAAAGAUGCUCAAACUAUGACCGUGUUUAAUUCGAAGAUGCCAAUAUCCGAGUGGUUGGAUCUUCUUGAUUUGGCAGAAUAUGAGAAUGUAUCCUUGUGUAGAAGAUUUGUUGGAUCUAGAUGAUGCCGCUCUCAAAGAGAUGGGAGUACGAAAUAUGGAACAUCGUAGCAAAAUGCUUUCGAGCUUGGUGCGAGUCCAAGCGAAGCGUAGACAAUCAAUGAAUCUUGAAGCCUCAUGCAAUAACAAUUCCACGCUACAGCUAAAACGAAAAAACUCAUGUCCAGCAAUUCGUAUGUCACGCGGUGGUAGCACCACCGUUUGUAAUACAACAAAUUUGGAUCUACAUGAAAUCUCGAUGCUAAGAAACUCCUCAUACUGUAGUCGUCCAAAGAUGAAUAGCCCAGUGGAAAAGAAACGAUUUACUUUUGGAGAAGCCGAUAUCAUCUAUGAAGAACUGAAAACCCGUGCUGAAAACAUCAACGAAAAAGGUGAACUCGAGACGGACAGCAAUAGCUCAAAAGCGAAGGAUUCAACAGCAGCUGAUAUGGACAACGAAUCCUCCAAUUGUGGUGGAUCAUUUAGCCAACCAUCAAUGAUGGGUUCCAUAACAACUCAAACGAAUGAACAACAAGAAGUUUUGGCCCUUAAGAAGGCCCUAGAAUGGGAAUUAGGCUUGGAUUCACGUGAUUUGCGCUCACACGCCUGGUAUCAUGGGCCAUUGCCACGCCAACGUGCCGAAGAGAUUGUUCAGCGUGAAGGAGAUUUUCUGAUUAGAGAUUGCACAUCCCAGCCGGAUAACUAUGUCCUUACGUGUCGCACUAAAACAUCUGUGCUUCACUUCGUUAUCAACAAGUGUCCAAUUAAAGGGGAAACGAGGCUAUCUGCACUAUUGCCGCAUUGGUCCAUGCUACUUUCAGAACAAUCAAGUAUCGCUGAGUUGGAAAAUGUGGAGACAUUCGCAUCCAUGGCUCUCUAUCGCUUGGAUGGGUGUAUGGUAUUGGCACCAGCAGGUUUCUCACUGCAACAGCCAAUGCGGUAUUUGCUCUCAACUUGUAGUUAG